UUUCCUGAUAUAUUUUGUUGACGAGGGAAUUUUGAACAUCUGAUCAUGCAAGUGGAGUAGAGAAAAAAAAAAGACACUAUGAACAGGUUGAUGAAAGUAGAUCAAUGGUAUUAUUUUAAAAAGGCUGCCCACAUGAUUGUAUUGCGAGCUUUGCCUCUGCCCCCACUCCCAACAUAAACAGCUUUCCUCUGCAUUCUUUUGAUUCCUUUUUUGCUUUUCUUUUCCCUACUUUUCAAGAUAAAAGACAGUUAAAAGAAGAGCAACGCAAAAGCCUAGACCCUAGAAACCAUAGCCUAUACAAUUCUACAACAUCCAAAUUCCCAAAUAUAGUCUCUCUUUCUCUUGUCAGUCAUAUUUGAAUUGAACCCACAAAUACAAAGCCUGGGACUUUGCUUCUAUUCAUCUCUCUUUUCUUCAUGUUUUCCUGAAAAUUUGUUGUUACUAUCAACAGUAAAAAGGUAUUAUUAUUGUUUGAAGAAGGAAGAGAUGAAGAAGCUUCUACAGCUGUUUCUUUUCCUCGUUUCACUUAUUUUUACUCAUGAAAACAUGAUUGUUGUAGCCGUACCAGGCCCUCUUGCUUCCUCUUUAUCCCCCGUUUCAUCGCCCUUUUCUAGUCCCAUCUCUGCUUCAAUGUCUGCCUUUUCUCCAGUGGUUAAUGGGAUAGCAGGAUUUCAACUGGGAAGUGAAGAACACACAAAGAAGGAUCCACCCAAUAAAAUGUUAAUCGCUAUCAUUAUUGGUUGUUGUUCCUUGGGUGCAAUUAUCUGUUCGUUGUUUUGUUUAUGGAUUUAUUACAGGAAGAACUCGCACAAGUCCACCACAAACGAUGCUAAGAACUCAGAUGCUGAGAAAGGGAGUGGUUUGGCACCAUUUUUUGGUAAAUUCAAGGCUACGAGGACGGUUUCUAAAGAGGGUUCUGCUUCAUUUAUGGAGUAUAAGACACUUGAAAAAUCUACAAACAAGUUUCAUCAAUGUAAUAUUUUGGGUGAGGGUGGAUUUGGGUGUGUUUACAAGGCUCAAUUCGAUGUUGGUUCUUUUGCUGCUGUUAAGAAGUUGAACUGUGCAAACCAGGAUGCAAAAAGAGAAUUUCAGAAUGAAGUGGAUUUACUAUGUAAAUUUAAGCAUCCCAAUAUAAUUUCGCUGUUGGGUUUUAGUAGUGAAAACGAGAUGAGGUUUAUUGUAUACGAAUUGAUGCCAAAUGGUUCUUUGGAAACACAAUUACAUGGACCUUCACGUGGAUCGUCAUUAACUUGGGAUAUGCGGAUGAAAAUUGCUUUGGAUACAGCAAGAGGAUUAGAGCAUCUGCAUGAACAUUGCAAUCCACCAGUCAUCCAUAGAGAUCUGAAAUCAUCUAAUAUUCUUUUGGAUUCAGCCUUCAAUGCUAAGCUUUCGGAUUUCGGACUUGCAGUAACUGAUGCAGCCCAAAACAAGAAUAAUUUGAAGCUUUCGGGAACUUUAGGCUAUGUUGCUCCUGAAUACCUUUUAGAUGGUAAAUUAACAGAUAAGAGUGAUGUGUAUGCUUUUGGUGUUGUGCUGCUGGAACUUAUAUUUGGAAGAAAGCCUGUAGAAAAACUGGCACCAGCUCAGUGCCAAUCUAUUGUCACAUGGGCUAUGCCUCAGCUUACUGACAGAUCUAAACUCCCUAGCAUCGUGGAUCCUGUGAUACGAGAUACAAUGGAUCUAAAACACUUGUAUCAGGUCGCUGCUGUGGCUGUGCUAUGUGUGCAACCCGAACCAAGCUAUCGUCCAUUGAUAACUGAUGUGCUCCACUCGCUUAUCCCUCUUGUUCCUAUGGAGCUUGGAGGGACUCUAAGAGUUACACAACCUGCAACACCUUAACCCUACAAACUUCCUCUCGUGUGUCGACUGUCUCCAAAUCAAGUAUUUGAUGAUUCCAUGUAAUCCCGGGCUUUGCCUCAAUUAAAUCACACAUGCACAUCAGUUCCAUUGCCCAGAUUUGAUGAUAAUUUAUACCGCAAAGUGUAGUCGGUCGAGCUGGUGUGGAGGAUUUUCUGAUUGUUGUUGAUAUCCUUUGUAAAUUGCACUAUAUUCGGAAUGCUUUCUUUAUACAGCAAUUUUAGAUUCAUGCAACGAUAAUUUAACAAAA